UUCUCGUUUUUUGCUGGGUUUUUUUUUUUUUUCCGGCCGCCGCUCCGCCCUGCCCGGCACUGCUCUCAGCCUCGAUUUCCUCGAGCCCCCUCCUCACGUCACGCAAAAGCGCCAGGGCGUGCACGUUCCCGGGCCUUGCGUGCCCGGGCGCGCUGCCAGUCAGAGGCUGCCUGAGAGGGGCUGAGCUGUGUUGGUCUGAAGGAGCCGGCGGUCCCGAGGGGUCCGGCUUCACCGGUAUCAAAAGAGGCUUCUUCAGGCCUCGGAGUUUUCGUUCCGAGCGGGGAUCGACAUGUCGCAGAGAAAGAAAGGCGGAAGCCUUCCCCGCGCCGCCGGCGGCGGUGGCGGCGACGGCGGCCCCAGCUUCCCCGGCCCCAGCAGCCGCGGUGGCCUCGAUGCGAGCGACAACCCUGGCCCCAGCACCAGCGGCGGCGGCCUGGGGUUCAGCCAGGCCCACGUCCAGGCCCUGGCCCGGGCCAUGGCCCAGGCGGGCCCCGCGCAGGUAGAGGAUGACGUCAUGGAGGAGGCGGAGUCGGAGGAGCUAGGGCCCACCGCCACCCCGCCCAUGCCCUCCACCUCCUCGGCGUCGUCCUCGUCCUCUGGGUCGUCCUCCCAGGCCCAGAAGAAGCCGGCCAAGCGCACCGAGGCCCAGGUCCAGCAGAAAGUGAACGAGCUGGUGCAGUUCCUGCUGGUGAAGGACCAGAAGAAAGUGCCCAUUCGCCGGACGGACAUGGUGAAGACCAUCCUGCAAGACUACAAGGACAUGGCCUCAGAGAUCAUCGAGCGUGCGGGCCAGACCCUGGAGGAAGUCUUCGGCCUGCGACUCCAGGAGAUAGACCCUAAGUACCACACCUACAUCCUCAUCAACAAGCUGGAGCGCUUGGACGACGACGGCAUGAAGGCCGACGAAGGCGUAGCCAAGAUGGGCCUCCUCAUGGUGAUCCUGAGCCUCAUCUUCAUGAAGGGCAACUCGGCCAAGGAGGCCCUGGUCUGGGAGGUGCUCAAGAAGCUCCGUGUGGAUCCGGAAAAGAGGCACAAGACCUUCGGUGACGUGAAGAAGCUCGUCAAGGACGAGUUUGUUCGCCAGAAAUAUUUGGAGUACGUUCGAGUCCCCCAUACCGAUCCUGCAGAGUAUGAAUUCCUCUGGGGACCCAGAGCCGCCCAUGAGACCAGCAAGAUGGAAGUCCUUCGCUUUGUUGCCAAGAUUCAGAAUCGAGAGCCUUCCAGCUGGGUGUCCCAGUACAACGAAGCUCUCCAAGAUGAAAUGGCAUCCACCUCUGCAUCUGCCUCUACUUCAGCCGGCCAUUGAGCCACCCAGGCCACUUUCAGGUACCAGGGAGCGUUUUACAGACUGGUAUCAAGAAAGCAGAAAUCCCCCAAGUUUUUAUUUGAACCACAGGCCGAGACCCUUUUACCCUCCGAGGUCCCACACAAUUCAACAUUUUCUCUCUUCUCUGAACCUGAUGCAUGGACUUUGUGGAAAAACCUGCCUGAAUUGAACCACUACUUCCUCUUCCCAGGUUGGCUAAAGACUUUCUAACACAAACUCAUUGCCUCAAGGACGUGUCCUCCCUUAGGCCUGGGUGAGCUUUCCUAGCCUUGAACCCAUCCAAGGACAGGAUUACUAAACCAUCUCAGUCUAUGCCAAGCCCGUGUUUACUUUUCAGUUAAUAAAUGUCAUAUGCAUUCA